AUGCAGGCUGUAGACAAUAACAUUGUCAUCGGGGAUAAGAACAAGGCAGCCCCCUGGUAUAUGCCAACCCUUGAAGGCGAGAUCUCGACCGAAUCGAGAGAACUACUCGAGAACUAUGCGCACAUCGCGCCUGAGGACGUGAAAGAGCAUGUCUUGACCAUGCGCGACAAAAUCUGGGAUGUCUUCCCGUACCCUUGCGUAGGCCACUUUAGCUUCCUGGACCUGAACCUCAAGCAACGACCAAUCUACCCGCGGAUGGUUGCCCGGCUGCAGGAACCGGAUGGGAGGCACUUGGAGGUGGCGUGCUGUAUCGGACAGGAUCUCCGCAAGCUCGUUUAUGACGGGGUGCCGUCGCAGAACAUCACGGCCGUGGAGCUGGAGCAGGGAUACAUCGACGCCGGGUACGAGUUGUUUCGCGACAAGGACACACUCAAAACACGGUUUGUGAUUGCCGACAUGCUCGCCGAGGACAACCAGACGUUGAAUGCCAUGGAAGGGCAGUUCGACACGGCACAUUUGGGUCAGUGUCUCCAUCUGUGGGAUAGGAAUGAUCAAAUGGUUGUGCUGAAAAGAGUUAUCCGGAUGCUGAAGCAGAAACCCGGGGUUAUCAUUGUCGGCCAUCUGGUUGGGCACGCUGAUGGAAUAGAACUGCCAGCCAAUUUCAACAAGCCGAGCUUACGACAUAACCUGCAGACAUGGGAAAGCAUGUGGUCUGAUAUCUCAAAGGAGACGAACACGCAGUGGAAGCUCAGGACGGUGAUUGGCGAUGACAUAGGGCACCAUAGAAAUGCAGGCGCAAAGAAGCCAGCGUGGUGGGACAAGAACUGGCGGUUCGUUGCGUUCGAAGUCGAACGAGAGGCGUAA